UUCAAAUCCGGUGUUUAAAAGCUUGAAACACCAGAUUUUAUCAUGAAUCCUGGUUUAUACUUUGCCAUAGGCAGAAAAGCUAGAGAUGUUCUUUACAAGGAUUAUGGUCGAGCUCAACAACAUCAGCCACUACAUGGUCGAUACCAAAGUUAUGAUUGGAGUUUUAAUUUCUCAUGUCAACUUGAAGAGGUUUUACCGGGAUUGAACACGGUUUUUAGCGUUAUCAUUCCGGAUUCGAGCAAGGCAGAACUGCAAUACUUGCGUGAGUGUGUGGGAUUUAGUGCUGGAUUAGGGAUGAAGGCAAACAAACGAAACGGAUUCGAUCCGAUUGCAAACAUCUCCGGUGUAAUAGGAAGUUCUUUUUUCUCACUCGGAGCCGACGUGGGCAUUGAUCUAACGAAAAGGAAACUCGACCAAUUCAGUGCUGGUUUUAGCUUGGAUUGUGCCUUACUUGUUGCUUCCUUGACCCUGAGUGAUGAUUUUGACAGCUUAAAAGCAUCGAUUUACCAUCCCCUGAACCCCCCGACGAGGACCGGAGUCGCAGCCGAGUUGAAGCAUAGGAUGUCGGAGGAGGCGACCACGCUUACACUCGGAGCGCAGCACGCACUGUUACCAUUUACAUUGGUGAAGGCCCGUAUGAAUACUGAUGGCAAAGUCAGUGGCGUUCUUCGGCAGGAAAUUUGGCAAAAGCUGUAUGUCUCGGUUUCCGGGGAGCUGGAUUUAAGGGACCAUAAUAGUAUUCCAAGAAUUGGAGUUUCAAUGGCUGUCAAGCACUAGAAUAUACAAUCUAAGUUGAUUCUGUUGCCAAAAAACAUAGUAUUUACUAAGAAAUGGUGGGAAUAUGCAUACAGAUUCCUUUGUAUUAUUGAUAAAUAAUGUGAAAGAAAAAUCAAAGUUGGUGGAUGUUUUUUCGAUGAGGGAUUUCAUCAGAAGUAAAGCCAUAUUGAGCAUGCAGCUGCUAAUGUUUUGCAGUUAAAAAGAAGUGUUCAUAUGGAGAAGAGACAAGAUUUGCAGUGAGAGGAAG